AUGGAGGAGAGAGGUCGCAGAGCUACUACCGACAGACUCUCCUCCGCCUCCGGUCUCCCUCCGCCGCUCAUUGGUCGGUUGAGCAGCUUCAGCACCACGCAGCUGAACAGCGACACUCCGCCGCGCAGCUCUGCCGGAUGAUGCCACGGACCGAGGCUGCACAUCCCGGUUACUAUGGCACCGUUUAUCUGAUUCCCUCCUUAGGCCCAUUGUUUCACCGCUCCACAGCAAGCCGGAUCAUUUGCAGCUCCUCGGUUUGAUCUGGAACACCGUGUCCGUCUGUGGAGGAAGGAUGCCGUUUUGCCCGUCUCUCGGCUCCGCGGGUUCCGCUUGUUUCACCGGGUUUCCCUCCCGUCGAGCGGACCGGCAUGACGGACUCUGAGGCUCCGGUUAACGGCAACAGCAUCUCAUGUGCAGUGCCGCAUCAACAAGCACCGCCGCCCGACCGCCGGGUCCUCCUGCCGGCGCCCCGGUGUCCGCCGGUCCCCCGACGCCUCUUGUGACAUGACAGCUCCGGGCAGGAAGACGAGGAUCAAGGGUUGCUGGAAGCCGGAGAGCGGAGCGGAGAAGAUCACACCUGCGUCCCGGAUCCAUUAGGUCACAGCUCGGGGUCAGAACCCGGAGCGCAGGGGACCGAACUUGGAACUUGAUUCUUGAUUUUGGGCCUGGAAGCGUGGUAGGAACCCACCUCUCGCCUUUCCGUCUCAUGCACGGCCUCAUAGUGUUGAUCCUGGUCGAGUCCCGGUCGGCUGCGCUCCUCCCCAGGCCCGUCAGGCUCACUUGGCUGCUGCUGACCAUCACCUUCACCUGCACCGCCAUGGGCUGCAUCCAGAGCAUCGCCUGUAACAAGUCGCGCAUCAAGCGGGAGAACAUCGUGGUGUACGACCUGUCCGCCACCAUCGACCACUGCCCGACCGUCAUCGAGGAGAACUCGCCCAUCGUGCUCCGGUACAAGACGCCUUAUUUCAAGGCGUCUGCGCGGAUUGUGAUGCCUCCCAUUCCGCGCAACGAGACCUGGGUGGUGGGCUGGAUCCAGGCGUGCACCCAGAUGGAAUUCUACAACACCUACGGAGACGUCGGCAUGUCCAGCUGGGAGCUUCCUCAGCUCAGAGAAGGUCUGGUCAGGGCCAUCAGCGACUCAGACGGGGUCAGCUAUCCCUGGUACGGAAACACAACCGAGACCGUCACCAUCGUCGGCCCCACGUCCAAACCCUCCCGCUUCGUCGUCAGCAUGAAUGAUAAUUUCUACCCCAGCGUCACCUGGGCGGUGCCGGUCAGCGAAUCCAACACGCCCUUACUGACUAACAUCAAAAGGGACCAGAGCUUCACCACGUGGCUGGUGGCGCUCAACACCACGUCCAGGGAAAAGAUCCUCCUGCACACCAUCAAGUGGAGGAUGAGGGUGGACAUCGCCGUGGAUCCGUCCCUGCCUCUGGGCUCCAGGGCCCGGCUGCUGGGCCGGGUGCACCAGGACCAGCCCAGGGUGCUGACCCGCAUGGAGCCCAUCCCUCCCAACGCCAUGGGGAGGCCCAACGCCAACGACGCCCAGGUCCUGAUGUGGAGGCCGAGGAGAGGCCCCCCGCUGGUUGUCAUUCCGCCCAAGUAGACUGUUAAGAGCAUCUUAUGGCCGUUUAAAAAAAAAAUAAAAAUCAUACCACAGUGUCUGCAGCAAAACGGCGAAUACGAUAAUCAGACGAAAGACUAAAGCAGACAGCUGGAGAUCUCUGAGCAGGCUUGUAUUAACUGUUGAUGGCACAAAUCAGGGCUGCAGUGAUUUGAGUGGAAAAUUUUGAGGGGACGACUGCCUUAAAUUCCCCACCGCUGCCUUCGACGAUCCAGAAAGUAUGUUAGAUUCUGGUGCUGCUGAGCUAACGGGAGCGCGGGCCGUUUAACUCUGAACCGCCACCGGUGCUGGGAUGUAACACAAACCUGUACUGUAGCCACCCAGGCCCAGAACGAAGCGAUCAAGCCUAAAGACAGAAUUCAAAAAAGAAAAAAAAAAGGUUUUCCAGCCUUAAUGACAUGGCCUGCUCUGUACUGUACACUGAAGUGCUGUUUGAGAGUUUCCAGGUGUUUGUGCAGGUCCAGGAGGACGACAGCGCUGUGGGGUUUGUUCACACAGACAGAGAUCACUAUGAAAUCAGCCGGAUGAUGUGAGCGUGGGUGUGCAGAUGUGUUUGUGGUUGUGUGUCUUGUAUAUGGGAGCCCAGGGUUGGGUCCUGGCUUGCUGCUGUGUCACACCAGACUGCCUCACACACACUCACACACACUCACACACACACACCAGGGGCCUGCCUCCUUUGUGAUACAGUGGAGGCUUAAAGAUUGUCAACAUACAUGCAUCCUCAGAGCUACUUUACUUUUUAUCACAGGAAGUGUUGGAGUUACACACACAGACAUAAACGAAGCCCUGCAGCGGAUUGCUUUUUCUUUUCCCAUCACAAAUGGCCAGUUCACCCGAGCUGCAGCGCUUCAUCCCUGCCUGCCUUUUGAAAGCCAGAGAUGCCUGUGUUGAGACAGCCUUCUUUCAUAAAAAAAAAAAAAAAAACAUGAUUUUGUCUCUCAUAUGUCCCAUCUAAUCAGAUUUGUGAGGCGAAGAAGCGAGGCUACUUUAUUUUCAUGACACAAAAAUGAGUCAGUGGCUCAAAGAGGACAAAUAAUAUGGCUUUAACUGGUCAGUGUAGAGAUUGUGUUGAAAGAGAAGUGUAUUUAACCCUCCUGUUGUCUUCAUUUACAGGCACCACAAAAUAUUGUUUUCUUGUCUGAAAAAAAUCCAAAAAUUCUGCAAAAAAAACAUUCCCCAAAUUUCUGAAAAUUUGCAAAACCUUCAGGAAGAAAAUUCCAAUAAUUCCUUAAAGGUUUCCCUUAAAAGUUUUAUUUAAAAAAAAAAAAAAAAAUACCCCAAAUUUGGCAAGAAAAUUCUUGUAAAUAUUUUCAAGAAAUGAGAAAAAUCUUCCAAAAAAAUUCUAAAAAUAUCUGGUGAUUACAGAUAUAUCAGUAAAAUUUCUUUUUUUUCUUUAAGAACAUUCACAAAAAAAUCAACCAAAAUCCAGCAAAAUUUGCUUAGAAGUUUCAUUGUGAAAAUAGAUUUUUUUCCACAUUUUCAAACUUUAAAACGGGUCAAUUUUAACCCGCAGGACGACACAAGGGUUAAAAGACGUACAAAACGGUUUGAAAUAUUUGAAAUGUUUGCCCCUUAAUCAAUAACAAUGGAGGAGAAUGAAAUGUCUUUAGUGAUCACAGCUUUGAAAAAAACAACAUUUGGAGCUAAAUGCUGCUGUCUACAUGCCACAUGAACUGUAAAAAAUGAAUGAUCUUUGCUUUAGCAGUUUAGCAACUUUUUAAAACUAAAAAAUACACACAGCAACAGAAAAAAUACUAAUUUUUUUAUGUAAAUCCUUAACAAAACAAGCCCAAACUGUUUUUACAAAUAGUGAUUUGUUCUUUUACAUUUGACCCUAAAAUUACACAUUUAGUUUGAUUUAAAUCUACAAAACAUUUAUUUUUUAACAGACAUUUGCUGAUAUUUAAAUGAAAAAAAAAUUUAUGCUACAGUCUGAAAAAUGCUAAAUCUUUGACUGUUACUUUACAGAUUUUCCGUUUUGUGAUAAUAUCUGGGGAAUAAAUCUACACAUUAACACUAAAAAAUAGGUCAAAACUGUAAAUAACAUCAACAUCAACUAUCAGUAUUUUUACAUAUAGUCCUUUUAAAAUCCGACUAUAAAAUUACAAAGUUAAAGUUUUGCUGUUUUUAAAUCUGCUAAAACAGCAUUAUUUUACAGACAUUUGCAGUUAUUCUCAGUUCUUGAACAUUACAGUAUUCAACCACCAGGUUUUCUUUUAAAAAAUAGGUUUUUUUUUUAGAGAUUUGUUUCCAGUCUCAAAUGAUCUCUUGGCUGUAAAAUUAUAAUAUUUUCUACUGUAAUUAAUUCAGCAAAAAUAUUAUUUUACAGGCCUUUGCCAUGAUUUAAAUGAAAAAUGAUGAUUGAAAAAUUGUAAAGCGUUACUUCUUUUACAGAUUUCUAAUUGUUUUGGUAAAUAACAGAUGAUAUUGAGUAAAAUCACAGGAAAAUAGUAUGAACUAAGAUGUUGACUGUAAACAACAGGCCAAAACUGUACAUAAUGGUAAAUCAAAAAUCUGCAUUUUUAUAAAUUAUUAUUUGUUCUUUUACAGUGUUGGACCAUAACAUCACACCAUGUUUAAAACAUCUAUAAUUUUACAAAUAUUUGCUGUUAUUUCCACAAUUUUUUGCAGCUUUUAAAUUUUCUAUAUUUUUUUAAACAUAUUUUUUCCCUUGUUGCCAGAUUUUCUCAGUGUUUCUCUUUUUACAGUUCAGUAGCAAUAUGAAUAUGCUCAUGUAGCAGGUAUAAAAUUUAAAAUAUUCAUAAUUUUUCUUUCAUGUCAGUGCACUAAUAUGGAUUAUUUAAUGUUAAGUACAGCUGAGGCUGAUGGGAUUUUGUUCCAUCAGCGUGUUUUGGACAUUAAAAGUCAGGUGAUCACCAAAGUUAUUACAAGUCAUCCUCUGAGUAUCAUGAAUUUCUGCACCAGAUUUCAUGACAAUCCAUCCCAUAGUUGGCGAGACAUUUGAGUAAAAACCAAAAAAAUCCCAUGGCGGCACUAAAAACCUUUAAAAAUUGGUGCAGCAUUUGGCUUACACAGAAAUAUAUGACGUUGUUUGUGCCAUUAAGAUCUUUUAUAAAGUGCGUAUUAAUGAAAUUUACAGACUGAAAGUGGAAACUCUGGUUCCGCUUACAGAAUAUGAGCAUUUCACAAUUAUGUUUGUUUUCCAGGCAGGUCUAAAUGUUCACACAGCAGCCUCAGCACAUAGUGAGCCCGUAUAUAAUAUUAAAAAUAAAUAAAUAAUAAUGAGCUGAACUGCUGAGCCGGUCCAUAGACAGAAAUGAAGAGAGACGGAUGAUGAAACCACGUUAUCUUUACACAUGCUGCUCAUUCUUCUUUGGUGCAAACCGAUCGAGCCUUCACACCUCAUCUAGAGCCACGAUUGCAGAGAAGGACUGCUGAAACCCCAAAAACACACCCAUCACACAGAAAAUAGAGAGCUGAACAACAUGCCUAUUGUAGCCACGACACAGGAGCAGCUCGUCCAAACUGACAAUCAAAGGGAAACAUCUCGAGCAGCACUUUUAUCUGGAGGAUCGGGGAGGUGAUCUUUACCGGAAAGUGGUUUUAUUCAGAGAGAUCGAGGCUUUUAUAGUACGAGACGAAGCAGAAAGUUUUUUCACAUGUUGCCCUGAGUAAAAAACUAAGUGUUAAUGAAUACAUUUAUACUCGGCCACGAGGUCACACAGUCCGUCGUCUAUGUGUAUCAGGGCCUCAAGUGUCUUUUUCCAGUAACAGCUGUGCCUGUGGACUCGAGAGUAGCAGCAGUGCACAGCCCUUCACCAGGAGCUGUUAAUUCCUACUUGUUCUGCUGAUUGCCUUGAGUCUGAUGCAGUGAUUGUUUUAAAAAACAAAAACAAAAAAAAAAACGACUGGGUAAUGGUGUUUUACAGUGUUAUAAUAUGAAGGAAUCUGCCGUGGUACAGUCCUUUCUCUCAGACUGUCAGGCUUUUGCAUGCAGUGUUUUUAAACUCAUUAAAACAAAUGCCAAAAAAUAUCAAAGACAAGUGGUUUUAUUUGUAUUACGUAGCUUUACAGCUUCAAAGUCUGGUUCUUGGUGUUGAUUUAACCAUUAAAACUCAUCACUGUGCAGCAAAGUUACAUAUUUAGAAGAUUUUUCCAAUAAAACAAUCACUUUCUAGCUUAAAAUGCCUUAGAUGGACCUCAGAAACCUGGGUUACGCUGCUUCUCUCUCCAUUCGCUGCAGCUGGAGCACACCAGCUCACCUAAAACUCUAUGCUACACAGCUACAAGCUGUAAUACUGGAGUAAUUCAGCCAUACAUGUUGGAAAUUGAAAUUAAUUCCGAGGAAGAAUAUUGAAAAAAGUCCCAUCCUUGCAAGUAGACAGGACUGGUUCCAUACUUUUGUUAAGUAUGAAACCCCAGAAGCCUGAAUCAAUGUUUAUUGAGAGUGUCAUCAGUACACUGCAGUCAGAUUGAGGUUUCCUGCAUAGUGGUGCAUGUGAGUGAGUCCGAGUGAGAUUUUAGACAAAGCAAAGAGCAGAUCUUAAAAAAAAAACAAAAACCACAGCAUGACUUUAUCUCUGGUACAGCUCACAUCAUGAGCUCAAAGCUCCGGUCAUAUUUGCACUGGUUUAAGUAAAAAA